AUGACAACUCCACGAAGACCUUAUUCGCGUCAAGGUUGCCGUGAAUGCAAACGACGAAAGAUCAAAUGCCCGGAAGAAAAACCUGCUUGUUCAACAUGUGUACGAUUAGGUAAAUCAUGUUCGUAUCCCUUGGCUGGUGAAAAAGUAUUGCGUAUAUCACGAAGAUUGAUACGUGAUGAGAUUGAAAACUUAGGCAAAUCAACGCAUUUCUUGCCGGUGCAAUACGAAGUACCGAAACGACAUUUGCAACAGGAAAAUGGCAGCAGCAGCGGAAGCGGUGGUGGAGGCGGUGUCGGUGGGGGUGGGCAUAGUGUGUCUCCAUCCAAUAGCGAACAGUUGACACCACGGGUCACUCCAGGUGUAACACCAACUCCACCAAUCAAUAACAACAUGGGACCAGUUUUUUCUCCAGCACAACCCAGUCCACUACCUAAUGAAUCCAUACCAACAGUUGCCAACUUACAAGAGUCUGAACGAAGAUCGUUUUUGAAUAUAGAAAACCUCGUCAACAACAAUCACAAUGAAGAUCACUUGGAUUUCCUCAAUGGAUCUGACUUGAAUAUGUUGACUAAUGAUUUAUCGAACUUGGUUAAUGAAAUCAUGGAGUUUCAAAAUAUUCCGAUACAAGAAGAUUUCCAAUUUGAUUUUUUUGGUGAUACACCAGCUGUAACUCCGCAACAGCACCAGCAACAGCACCAGCACCAGCACCAAAACCAACAUCACCCGCACCAGCAACACCAUUAUCCACAGCAAGAUCCACAGCAAUUUCUGCCUUCCCAAAGCGACGAGUUUAUUGUCAAUGUACCCAUCGACUACAUCAAGCUCAAACGGAAGCACGAAAUCUUGUACUUGGAGCAAUUUUACAAUAAUUUCGCCAACAUUAUUGAACCGUUCAGUGCGUACCACUCGCAAACUAAAAUCGCGUCAAAUCCAGCAAGAGACAUUAUUUUAAAAGCUGCAAGUACCGAGCCAUGUUUAUUAGCGGCUAUAUUGGCUGAAGGUGCCAAAACCAGCUUUAUGAAGUACAAACAACCCGAAGAUGAAAAGGCAUAUGGGGCAUAUUUGACGAAAUGUUUGAAAUUACUUGAACCAGCUAAAGAAGUCACCAACUUGAAUGCCAAUAUUGAAGGCGUAUUGUUGACAUUGCUUUUGCUUACGGCGGCUACAGCAACCAGUACGCAACAAUGGCGUCCUCAUUUAACUGGAUGUAAAGACUUGCUACUCAAGAUCUCAACUAGCAACAACAUGGGCAAUAUUUCCAAAGUGUUUGUGUUUUGCAAGUACUGGUUUGUCUCUAUUGAGGUAUUGGCUGGGUUAAGCACAAACAUUGGUGGAACUUUACAAACUGAUUACGAAAUCGAUCAUUUAAUGUCAUGCGGAUCUGAUUAUGAAAUUGGUAUUCUUUGUGAAUUGGGCAUCAUAACUGAUCAAGGGUUUAAUAAUCUUAUGGGGUACCACAACACGUGCAUUGCAUGUUUCCGCGAUUUAUUCAAACUACUCAAUCGGUAUCGCUCGAAUGAAGGUGGUGAUACCUCCAUUAUGGCUAUAGACUCAUUACAAAAUAUGAAGAUUUUGUCGGAUUUUUACCAACAAACAACAAUUGUAUACAUUGAUCCUAAAGGUAUUAUCCCCGAAUCCGAGCUACACAAAUACACACCGGGAUUGCCCAUUGAAGAAAUACGAGUUGGUGAAAAAAGUUAUUGGUUAAGUUGGCAAGACAUUUCGCAUCAAUCAUUUGUCCUAUCAUCAAUAAUAUUGAUCUUGACCCGUUUUUACCAAUUGCAACCAACAAACCCCAACGUAUCACAACUUGUUGAUAAGAUUGUCUCAUUUAUUCAUUAUCUUCAUAAUUUUUCUGAUGUGCAACAACAUGCAUCGCCAUUUUUACUUUUGAUGAUUCAAUGGCCUUUAUUGAUAACUGGAUUACAAACGAUUAGAGAAGACCAGCAAUUGCUUUUGUUGAAGUAUUUCGCCAUGGUUGGUCAAAUUGGUGCUGCUACUGCCAAUGUUUCAGUUAAAAUGUUAAAGAAACAAUGGCGGGGAACAACAUCAUUUGAAGUUGGUGAUACAUUGAUAUACUAA